AUGCGCCGCAAGAUGGAGUAUCGAGAUAAAUCUACACGUCAGGAGAUUGAAACCAGACGACUGCAGGAUUCACAGACAGACCCUGAGGAGAGUUCACCCAGUGAGGAAACCCCAUCUGAAGCAGAACCUACAAGUACAACUGAAAGCAAAGCUCCACCACAAAUCAGUUUGCUGAGGAACUCCAACUCCAGGUUCAACUUAUGGCAGGAUCUUCCUGAGAUCCGGAGCAGCGGGGUCCUCAGCAUCCUCCAGCCAGAUGAGAUCAAGCUGCAGGAGGCCAUGUUUGAGCUGGUUACUUCCGAAGCCUCGUAUUACAAGAGUCUGAAUCUGCUGGUGUCCCACUUCAUGGAGAACGAACGUCUGAAAAAGAUCUUACACCAGUCUGAGGCACACAUCCUCUUCUCCAAUGUCCUGGAUGUCAUGGCUGUUAGUGAGCGCUUCCUGUUGGACCUCGAGCAGCGGGUGGAGGAGAAUAUUGUGAUCUCGGAUGUGUGCGAUAUUGUCUACCAGCAUACAGUUAACCACUUCUCUGUGUACAUCACCUACGUCUCCAACCAGACCUACCAGGAGAGAGCUUACAAGCAGCUUCUCCAGGACAAGCCAGCUUUCCGGGAAGUGAUCUCACAGCUGGAGCUGGAUCCCAAGUGCAAAGGCCUGUCCUUUUCUUCCUUCCUGAUUCUGCCGUUUCAAAGGAUCACUCGGCUCAAGCUGCUGGUGCAGAAUAUUUUGAAGAAAGUGGAAGAGAAGUCUGACAGGGAAACCACUGCCCUGGAUGCACAUAAAGAGCUGGAAACAGUGGUGAAAGCAUGUAAUGAAGGUGUCAGGAAGAUGAGCCGAACAGAGCAGAUGAUCAGCAUCCAGAAGAAACUGGAAUUCAAGAUCAAGUCUGUGCCCAUCAUCUCUCACUCCCGCUGGCUACUGAAGCAGGGGGAAUUGCAGCAAAUGAAUGGUCCAAAGACAUCACGAACGCUUCGCACCAAGAAACUCUUCAGAGAAAUCUACUUGUUCCUUUUCAAUGAUCUGCUGGUAAUUUGCCGGCAAAUUCCUGGGGACAAGUACCAAGUGUUUGACUCGGCUCCCCGGGGGCUUCUUCGGGUAGAGGAGUUAGAAGACCAGGGGCAGAGUUUGGCCAAUGUCUUCAUCUUGAGGCUGCUGGAGAACGCAGAUGACCGGGAGGCCAGCUACAUGCUGAAGGCAUCGUCCCAGAGCGAAAUGAAGCGCUGGAUGAUUUCACUAGCCCCGAACCGGAGAACCAAGUUCGUUUCAUUUACAUCCAGACUUGUUGACUGCCCGCAGAUCCAGUGUGUCCACCCAUACGUGGCCCAGCAGCCAGAUGAGCUGUCCUUAGAACUGGCUGAUGUCCUCAACAUCCUGGACAAGACAGACGACGGCUGGAUAUUUGGGGAGCGUCUUCACGACCAGGAGAGGGGCUGGUUCCCCAGUUCUAUGGGGGAGGAGAUCCUGAACCCCAAAAUCCGAGCCCAGAACUUGAAGGAGUGUUUCCGGGUGCACAAGUCAGAUGACAGUCAGCGGAGGAAACUGGGCAGCAGAAACCGCCAAUGA